CCGUUCUCAUCAUUAUUUUCCAAGAAAACCCCUCUACUUGGUGUUGUGUAUUCCAAAAAACCCCAAAACUUUCGCGAGAAAAUAAUAUGAAUUUCUUCAAAUCCAAACAGUCUGAACCAUCGUUACCGCAACCCAAACCCCCACACCUCCUCAUCCAACAAGCACUCACCGACCUCCAAAACCACUUCUCCACCUUCCUCCACCACCACCACCACCACCACCAUACCCACCAUGUCCUCUUCAACCCCAACCCUUCUUGCAUCAAAACCCAUCUCGAUUCCACCUUCUCAAACCUCUUCAACAACGCAAAACAAACAAUUGAAGCCGGGUUUUCGAGCUUUCGCUUCGGUCCCAGUUCUGGUUCUCCUGCUAUUAAGAACCCAGCAUGGGCUCGAAUUGCUGAGAAAAUCAGUGAAAGUGGUCUUGCCAUGUCUACAGAGGCUAUCGAAGAGCGAUUGGCCGGCGUGCCUGUGUACGCUCUGAGCAAUGCUUCGCAGGAAUUCGUGUUGAUUUCGGGCGAAAACACUGAAAAAUCACUUGGGUUGUUUUGUUUCAAGGAAGAGGAUGCUAAGACUCUCCUUGAACAGAUGACAUCCAUGGACCCCGGUAUGCGACAAGGCUCGGAAGUGGUUGCCGUGGCUCUGAAUAAGGUUUUUCAGCUUAAGCUUGAUGGUGUGGCUUUUAGGUUGAUACCAGAGUCGUCCCAAAUCAAGAAUGCACUUAGGGUGAGAGAAAAGGCUGGUGUUUCAGAUGAGAGCUUCUCUGGGGUUCCUGUUUUCCAGUCAAGGAGCUUGAUUCUGAGGAGCCAAGAUAAGAGAUACCGGCCUGUUUUUUUCAGGAAGGAGGACCUGGAAAAUUCGCUAUUGAGAGCUUCCCGCCAGCAGAAGCAAUUGAAUCCUGCCUUCAGAGAGGGUGAUAUUCAAGUUGCUGUUCUUGAGGAGAUAAUACAAGGAAUGAAGGAUAGUAAAAUGACGAUGUGGGAUGAUGUUGUUUUCAUUCCUCCUGGUUUUGAUGUUUCAACGAAUCCCUUCCAAAAAUAGAUAAAGCAAUUAACCACUGGGGAUGGGACUGGAAAGUGAACACCAAGGAUGAGAUUCUCGUGUGCGCGUAACUGGUCAAUCCAAAUGCGAUGUACCAUCCCAUAUCAUCUCACAGAUUAAUUAUUUUUUUUUGGGUGCUGAUGUGAGAAUUGUUUCAGUACGUGUUAUAUCCUUUGUUGGUUUGGUUGAAAUCGUAUGUAGGCUUUAUGAUUUAAUGGGACAAUUUUGGCUUGUGGAUUCAAAUUCAGCUGAUGAAAAAUGUUAAAUGAAAAAAAAAAAAAAAACUGCAGGUGUUUUUCUUCUCGUUUGA